AUGGAGGCAGACGCGGCUGUCGAAGAGUUUGUUACUAUAGUGCCGGUUGGAGAAAAUAGUAUUGUUGAAGAGGAUCCAGAAUUUGUCACAGUACUCAACGUCAGUGUUACAAAAGGCGGCGCUGAAGUUGUUGUAAACAGGCCACGUGGUGCUCGAUUAGGUCUAGGACUAAAGUUUGAAGGUGGAUCAGCUGCAACAGAGAAAGUUCGAAGACUAUUGGUACAAUCAUGUGCGGAAGAUAGUCCUGCUGCGAAUGCUUCUACUCCCUGGGGUAAAUUGAUAUCAGGGGAUGAAAUUUUAGCUAUAGAUGGGACACCAGUAUCUGAGUUAACAAGAAUCGAAUGUGUACGCCGUUUAAAAGAUUCAGAUGAAAGUUUAGUUCUUCUUGUCAGACAUUUUGAAACAUUGAAUAAAGUAGAUCAGCAUAACAUGGAAACAAAAGAAACAGCAAUGACUGAGUCGAAAACUUUUGUUGAUAUAUCAAGACCUCUGACUUUACCUCCCCCCGUCCCUCCAAGGAAAUUGGGUAAGAAAAAUUCCUUUAAGGAUAAAACGACCCUUCAAACUGUGGGCGAACAGAACGCUCUCAUAAAUUUAAAUCUGCCUGACAAUGGUAACGAUAAAGAUAGCAUUAUAAGUGCAUUGGUCCAUCAACAUUCGAUGGUUUCAACUAUGAACAAAUUAUCACGGAAAUCGUCUUUUGAUAGCCAUAUCCAUCGUCAAACUAAGGAAAGUUUUGCACACUUAAAAAAAGGUUCUCCUGAAGAAGUGAGGCGUCUAGUACGUCGGCUAUCAGAUGGUAAAGCUAUACCACCAGAAGCUGAAGUUUAUAUUGAUUUACUUUCGAAUGAGUGGGAGCGCUGUCUUGUCUUAGCAGAUGCUGAAUCAGACGAUACAGGUAGUUCCAUAUCUACUGUAGUCGAUAGACUAGGAUCUAUGGCUAGUUCUGUUGAGAAUAGUAUUCCUUCAACGCCAGUUAUGCAACAGAAAUCAAUUGAUAUUCAAAAAGUACUCAAUAGUAUUGAAAAUAUAGAUUCUGAUAUAUUAAAAGACAUGACGAAUGUGAAAUAUUCUGAAACUAAAGUAGAUAGAAAUGAUGAUCUUAAAAGAUGUUUAAGAAAUUCUAUGACAAAUGGACAAAAACUUUCAAAUACAGUUACAGAAAAUAUAAAACCAAAACAAUGUGAAAACGAUAACAAUAACAACGAAACAUCUAAAACUUUAGCACCGAACGAUACGUCAGCGAUAAAUGACAAGAAAAUGAAGGAGGAUAUAGUGCUCGAUAAGCCUAAACCAAUGCCACGUAGCACUAAAGUAGAACGUUCUGCAAGUGAAAAGAAACGUCGUCCUGUUCCAAUACCAGAAGUACAGCCUCCUAACAUUUCGGAACCACUUUUAACACCUACAAAGAAAACAUGUAUUGAGUCGUGGUUACAGCGCUCAGAAGCUGAAAUGCAGAAUACCCCGACAGAAAAAAUAGAGGAACCUGCUAUUCCUGAAGCAUUACCACGUCUCAUUGAUUUUGUCCCCAAGAAUCAGUACAAAGAAAAAAGUAAUGAAUCUCCAUCAUGUGUUAGACCUACAACGGCACCUCCUCCCCCACCAGUACCACCACCAGAGACCAGAGAAGAUGGAUCGGGAGCAUCACUUGAUACAAUUGGCGAACUUGAUGAAUCCUGCGACGUGGUAGACAACGCGAAACUAACGAAGGAUAUAGAGUCGAAUAAAAGAAAAUCACAUUACGAGAGAAACUUCUGGGACGAUCGAGUUAACAGAAGUGACGCCGAAGACAAAAGCCUUUCUAACGAUGAAACUCCAUUGCCUUCUUGUCCUCGACAACCUCCCGAUGGAGUAGAGACACCUUCUGAUGUUGUUGAAAAAGUCCCAGACCUACCAACAAGAUUACCCCCAACUACUUGGAUAAGUACUCGAUCUAGAUACUCAUAUGCAUCUCGGACUCAAGACGCCAGAAGUGAAGCUAGUGUUAAAGAUAAAAUUGCGAUGUUCUCUGUUGACCUCGCUGCGUCAUCAGAUCGAUUGGAUAAGUGUGGUACGUUACCGGUCAGAUCACAUUCGAUAGUAAGAAAAAAUGCACCUUCUUUUAAAAAUGAUUACACAGAGAUAUCAUCCUUGGAUCGACGUCUAACAAAAUCUCAAGAUAAUUUGGAUGAGACACCUCGGUCAUAUAAACGGAACUUAGACAGACCUGAGGUGCUUGGUGCUUUGGAAAACUCACGUAUCGAAAAGAAAGGUUAUAGGUCAAAGCCAUCAGAUAUGUUCGGUAAACCCUUAUUCUAUGGGAGUACGACAACUUUGCCUACUAAUAUAUCACCUAAUAAAUCUAUUUAUCAUGCACGUAGUAUAAGUGAUGAUAACGGCAACAAAAAUUCUGCUUCACAUAAAUCUAAUCUUGAGUAUUUGAUAGAGCAAAGAAAGAAGUCAAUGUCAAAGUUGCGUGGUUUGGUAAUACCUGAAGUUCAAGCUCCUAUUGUAGACUUGCCUGAAAUUAAGGUCAAGGAUCCACCACCAAAAACUUUACUUCAUAAUUUCUCACAAAUCCAAACAACAAAGGAAAGUAAAAGCGGGUCUAAAAAUCCUUUAUUUGUGUCAGAAAAUAAAUGGAAUACCAGCUUUUUAACGAAUAAUAUACCAAAAUAUUCGCCAGCAUUCAAACGAAAAUAUCUGCAAGUUUAUACGCCUUCUCUAUCAAAGGAAUCAACUCCAGAGAGAAAAUUGCCUUCAAAGGUAGACACAAAUGAAAGAAUUAUGAACUAUAACAAUUCUUUUACAUCUAAACCUGCUAGAAUUACACAAGAAUACCCGAAAUCAACGAACAAGUCGACGCAAUUGUUAAACAAAGAAUUCUAUAAAAUUAACUCUAAUGAUAAAAAUAAUGACUUUAAAAAUUAUGAAAUACGAAUUUGCACUACUACAGAUGUUGUGGAUAGUGAUAACGAUUCUGCCAUGAGUUCUACUCAAUCAAGCUAUCGUUCUUCAGCUUCUUCACCUAUGCAUAAUAUGGACCAUUUAGAAUCAGAUAGCUCACGAUUGUCUCCCAAACUUUCCAACUACAAUACGUAUUCUAUCGUAAAAACGGAAAUCCCGAACAAGUUACAACCCAUCUCUCAAAAGAACUAUGAGGAAUAUAGCAAAAGAAAAGUUUGCCGAUCUAUGUCUUCGGACACAAAUAUCUCCCUUAGUUCUUCAGCAGGUUCUGCUGCUACAUCAGGAUCACAAGCAAGUUGUAGCUCUCUUGAAAGUUCUGUGGCUGACUCAGAUAAGAGAAAAGUUUCAACAAUAUAUAAUGUGGAUACAAUAAAUCGAAGGAACAUUGUAGCUUCUUCAAAGUGUAGAAGCGGAAGAGAUGUAACGCUUACAUCCCCAGUUAUUGAAACUAAGUUCUCGCAUGAGUCUUACAACAGAUCUCCUAGUCCAACACACAAACCGUCUGAUCGCCUUUCGACGCUCACAUCAACAGUGAGCGCUGUAGCGAAUAAAGGUGAAAACAGACGACGUAAUAAAAAAAUUGUUUCUGAUUCUGAUUCUGAUAAUGAAGAAAAUAUCAGACAGCGCAAACCUGACUAUAAGACUACAAGAUUAAAACGUAAUUCUAGUACAACGAAUAAAAAUAAUAAAUAUAGUGACAAUGUCCAGGUAACAGAAGUAAUAGAAAAAGAAUCGGUUUUGAAAGAAAAAGCUUCAAAGGGGAAAGAUUUUAAUAACGAAAUUCAAGAUAAUCAGAAGGAUUUAGACAAAAAGAAAUCUGAAGUAAUCAGCACUACGGGUCUAACGAAAUUCGAAAAGGAUAAAGAAAAAAGAAAUGGAAUUACACCUAAAAAUGACGUUCCUGUUAAAUUGCAGAAUGUUAAGCCUGUAUCUGUCCCUGUGAUAAAUUCUAAUAAUUCGUUAGAGAAACCAGUGAAGGUGACUACACAAGUAAUACGUCUUAUAAAGGGAGCUGGUUCUGGAGUUGGUCUUAUAUUAGCAGGUGGAAUCGAUUGUGAGGCUAAGGAUGUAACAGUACAUCGUGUGCUAGAGGAUAGUAUAGCAGCAAAAGCUGGGAUCAAGAGGGGAUCAAAAAUUCAAAGUAUAAACGGCAAUGCUAUGAGCGGAAUGACCCACGCUCAGUCCGUAAAAGUAUUAAAGGAACAGCGUUCAGAAGUCAUUAUAGAAAUAGAACUUCCUGAUAACAGAAAUCUUAAAGAUUGCGGCUCUCAACAUUCGGAGUCGAAAGAACAACAGGAAAUGGACGUUACAAAAUUCCGCAACAAUUCAGGCCGUUCAAUUGUGACUGUUAUAUUAGAAAAAGCCGGGGGUGGUGCUGGAUUGGGUUUUGGCUUAGAUGGAGGAAGAGAUUCUCCUCAAGGAGACAAACCUUUGACUAUAAAAAAGCUGUUUGCCGGAGGUGCAGCUGCUCAAAGUGGGAAAAGUUUUGGUUGGCGCAGAACUGCUCUCUGCUGGUGGACAAGCUAUGGAGGGAUUUACUCGUACUCAAGCGUGGGCUGCACUUAA